AUGAAAAAGUAGAUAAGGUUAUUUACAAAUCUAAAAGAUUUUUUAAACUCUUCACUAUCAUCUCAUACUCACGCUAAACUAAAUCAUCUAAGAUUAUCUGUAGAUGGCAUAUCAGAUUUAACCUCAGCUAUAUCGAAGUGUAAAAAUCUUUACUAUUUAGAUCUUGACUUAGAAUAUAAUGAAAUUGAUGAUGAAGGUAUUACACUAUUAGCUCAUUCCCUUUUAAGCUGUUAGUAUCUCUCAAUUUUAGAGCUAUAACUCGCAGGUAAUGAAAUAGAUAGUGAAGGUAUUCAAAAUCUAGUUUCAAAUUUGGCAAAGUGUGCUAAUCUUAGAACUUUAAAACUCUACAUUCAAGAAAAUUAGUUUAGUGAUGCAGAAAUUUUAGGAUAAGCUCUAAAAAGUUUGACAAAUAUUUCUUGUUUUUCAUUAUAAUUCAGUGCUUUAGAAAUUGGUGAUGAGGGUGCUUUAGCUUUAAGCUCUGGAUUAGCAAAAAUGUCUAACUUAUAAAAAUUGACACUAUGGAUAUAUGAUAAUUUUAUAGGAGCUUAAGGUGCUUAAGCUUUAGGCAAUGCUAUAGCAAACUGUGCUAAUCUUUAAACUUUAAAGUUAGAUGUCCAAUAAAACAACAUUGGAUACUAAGGAGCUUAAAGUUUAGGACUUGGAUUAUCAAAAAAUUCUAAACUAUAAAAUUUGGAACUUGAUUUUAUUAAAUGUUUUUAAGAUGAUAAUGAUGGCAAAGCUUUAGUAGGUUUUUUUUAAGCUUUAGAAAACAGCAGCAGUAUUUCAAAGCUAAGGCUUUAAUUUGAGUCAAUUUAUAUUAAUAAUAACUCUUCGUCAAGUAUAGCCUCUUCUUUCUCUAAAUACUCUAAAUUAUGUUAUUUGGAAUUAGAUUUUACAUAUCAGUCAAUUGAUAAUGAUACAGCUUCUUUUUUAGGAUUUAUCAUAGCAAAGCUUCCUAAUUUACAAACUUUGAGAUUUGAUCUGCAUCAUUCAAAAAUGGAUUGUAAAAGUCUAUCAGAUUUAAUUUGUUCCUUAUCAGGAUGUACAAAUCUAUAAACUUUAAGUCUUAAUCUUUGUUCUUCUGAAAUUGAAAAUCUAAAAUUAUCUGAUUUAGGUGCUGCUUUAAAAAAAAUAUCUAAUUUUUCAACUUUGGAUUUAGAACUAAGUAAAAAUUAGAUUAACGAUUAUUUAGAAUUAAGCUCUGUUUUUUAAGGUUGCUCCAAUCUUUCAUUUAUCAAACUGAAUGUUGAAAAUGAAUAUUCGGAUAUCUUAAAAUAAUCGAAAUUUGUCUGUAAUAUUCUGAAAAUGAAAAGAUUAGUCAAUAAAGUUUUUGGUAAAUCAAUAGAAGAUUAUGAGGAAUAUUUUGAAAAAGAAAAUAGCCAAGAAUGA